UAUUCCGACGGGAAGUUUGAAAAUUUUGCGUUUUUACUACCGGCCGCCAUUAAUUUUUCAUCUCACGGCCAAAAGGAUUAUWUUCGGUCAGCGGUCUUCUCGUGACGUCAUUUACUCUACUUAUUCCAUAACGCUGGCGUCUUUCCUCUUGUUUCUUUGUAAAGYUAGAGAAGUUAGAAGCUAGUUUACUGUGGAUUUUUUUAAAGUUUUCACGCUCAUAUCAGCGACCGAGUACGAUAUUUUCCUUGUCGACCUUUCUGUUGCUUUAAAAACAUGGAAAAUGUCAACAGCGUCGAGAUAUACGACUAUGAAGAGCUCGAACCUAUUGCCAACGAAGAAGAGAUCGCUGAGUUCAGAAUCGAGCUCGAAGAAGAAGAAAUGCUAAGAAGAUUUUGUGGGGAGUCCAGGCAAUGGUGCACUUGUUCUAAUUGUUGCCUAACUCUAGUGACAAAGCAAGAAGAGUGCUUUUGUUGCAAUGACAUCAUGAGGUGCAUGGACAAACUGAAUGAACUGGAUCAACAAGUUCAAUGUAUUACAAGUCACCCUGGCUUUGAAUCUGUGUGUCUAGACAAGUAUGUUCUGGAAACCGCUGCAGUGGGACUGAAGACAAGAGGGAACCGGAGUUAUACUAUUCUUAGAGAAAAGGGCUUUGCUAAAGAAUCAGAGUAUUAAGUAUUGAUUGAGCUUUAUUCAGGUCUCYUCAGGCUCCAGCAUUAACAGAAAAUUUCCAAUAUUUUGUUAUACUAUGUAUACAGUGAUAAGAAUAGCUGGCAAUAUCCUU